UGAAAUGUACGUCUCCAAUGAAUUCAAGCGCCCCAACUCUUCUUCUCUGUCAUCCAUUGGAGCUUAAGGAUGAGAGAAAAUCCGAAAAAGGGGUUAUUGUUUUUGACACAUCUUUGCUACAAAAGCAAGCAAACUUGCCAACAGAAUUCAUUUGGCCACAUGACGACUUGGUUCACACUCAAGAAGAACUCAAAGAGCCCCUGAUAGACCUAGAAGGGAUUUUUAGAAGUGAUGAGGCAGCAAUUAUUAGGGCAGCUGGGCAAGUUAGGGCAGCCUGCAUGAACCAUGGCUUCUUUCAAGUUACGAAUCAUGGUGUGGACGGAGAACUCAUUCGUGCCGCCCAUGAUCAUAAUGAAGCUUUCUUCAAGCUUCCCAUUAGCAAGAAGCUUCGUGUUCGGAGGAAGCCGGGCAGCGUGCUGGGUUAUUCUGGUGCCCAGGCUGAUCGAUAUUCGUCAAAAUUGCCCUGGAAGGAGACACUCUCAUUUGGAUAUAACCAUGGGAAUGGUCCUGAGCUGUUGGUGGUUGAUUAUUUCAAAUCCGUCUUAGGAAAAGAAUUUGAAGAUACAGGGUUGAUUUAUCAAAGGUACUGUGAAGCAAUGAAGGAACUGUCUCUGAUCAUAUUGGAACUCCUGGCAAUUAGCUUGGGAGUUGAACGUUUACACUAUCGGAAACUCUUCGAAGAUGGUAGUUCAAUAAUGAGGUGCAACUACUAUCCACCUUGUAAAGAACCUGGACUCACUCUAGGUACUGGUCCUCAUUGUGAUCCCACCUCCUUAACAAUACUUCAUCAAGACCAAGUUGGGGGACUCGAAGUUUUUGCAGAUAAUAAAUGGCAAGCUGUUCUACCUCGCCCUGAUGCCCUUGUCAUUAACAUUGGCGAUACAUUCAUGGCACUAUCCAAUGGAAGAUACAAAAGUUGCCUGCAUAGGGCAGUGGUGAACAAGGAGAGAGAGAGGAGAUCGUUGGUAUUCUUCGUGUGCCCGAAAGAAGACAAGAUAGUGAGGCCCCCACAGGAUCUUGUCGACAGAGAAGGGCCAAGGAAGUACCCAGAUUUCACAUGGUCAGAUUUGUUAGAAUUCACACAAAACCACUACAGAGCUGAUGUUACUACACUCCAAAACUUCAUCCAUUGGCUUCUCUCCGCUAAGCCUCCAAACUACUAGUUUCAUGGAUGCUUUUCAUAAUUUCUUGCUUUGUAAUGCUAUCUCUCUCUCUCUCUCUCUC